AUGGAUAUCAUGGAGCAUAUAACAUUCGGUAUACUGAACAAGAAAGAGUAUGCAGAUUUCUUUGAUGUUUUUUGUUGCUCCAAUCUGGAACUGGUUCCUGAAGGGGAUUUCCCUCGACUUGCCAACUAUGUGAAAGAGGCAACCAAGUGCCAUCCUGGACUUGUCUCUUUUGUUCUGAAUGAUAUUGUUUUACAAUUUCGACAGCAGCUAAACCAGGGUCAGACACGAGCAUGUCAUGAAGUCAUAGUGAUAUCUGAAGAAGAACGACAACUUAUUGACAGAGUGUUGUUCAAACCUGGUGGUAUUGACACUCACAGUGCAGUUGCAGACUGUCUGAUCAAAACAAAUGUUCUUUCAGACUUCCAUCAAGGAUAUCAGUUGAGAAACAGGAAACUUGACUUCACAUCACCACUAGUUCAUGCAGCUUAUCUUCAGGAACGUCUUGGAUCUAGAACUCAUGUACACACUUUACCAAAUUCUUUCAAAAAAACCCUUUGUGUGGGUCAUGAUGGUCGACUACUGGAGAGAGUGUGGCAAAUGGAGUUUUACCAUGCAGCAAGGAAACUGCUUCUAAAGGAUGUACAUAUUUCUCCAGAUGUUGGUGCCGUUUUUGCUUCAGAGGGCUGGGUGGAUUUCUACAUUGAUGAUGAACAUGAUUGGAUGAUAGAGCUAGUUCGAGAUGGUGAAGAUCUGGAAAAGCAUCGAGAGAAGAUGAAGCAGGAUGGGCUAUAUGGUUCAAUUCUGAAAUGUGCUAAGCAUCAUGCAAUUGUGGAUAUUAGAAGUGGUGUGGGUAGACCCCACAACCUGAAAUCAGGUGUAAUUUAUGUUGUGUGUUCACAGGAUUUUUCCAGUGUGGAAAUAUGUAUUAAUAGUAUUUGGGAGAAGGUUCGGCUGUGUGGAAGUGGAGAUUUGUACACUGAGUUGGAUAUCUCAGUGAUUUCUUAUUGA